CAAACUUUCUCCCGAGGUUGGAAAAAGGAGAGAGUGGUGCAGCAGCAUCGUGUUUGGGAUAGCUUCGCUGGCACAAUGGAUGCGAUAAGGGCCCUCAUCUCCCAGAAGAAGAAAGAAACAGCAGGUGCGUGAAAUCACACGGGGAGCAGCUCGUGCCGCAUCACUGUGCACAUGUGUGUGAGUGUGCAUCGUCAUUCCUCAGACUUGAAGACGCAGGGGAAGCAGUGGAUCUCGCAGGCCGACGUGAGGCGCCGUCGCGACGCGGAGAAGCAGCGCGAGAGGGAGGAGGAGGAGCGAAAGGAACGGGAGCGCACGGAGGAACGACUCAAGGUGGGAAUGGACCAGCCAGCUCAGCAACAGGAACUCACCUGUCCAGAUGGCUAACUCUGUCGGUACGGUGUGCCCUUGUGUGUCGUCCUUCAUUCAGCGGUUCUCUGAGUAUCUGGAUCGCAAGAAGAAAGACGACGAGCAUGAGGUGACCAGGCUCACACGAUUCUCGCGAUGGCUGACGCAUGGACGGCAUCUUGUGUUUGUCAGGAGGAGGAUGUGCUGUCGCGUCACGUUCACGAGCACAACGAAGGGGCCGCUGACGACGGUAAGCCGAAUAACGACAAGGGCGGGAGGCGUUCGUUCAUCAUCCAUGGCCGUCUGUCUGUCUGUCCGUGGCAUGUGGCCAGAGGGGGAUCCCGGUAUGGAUAAGUCAGAGGUGUUUUACCGACUGCGUAGGUUUGGCGAGCCCGUCACGCUCUUUGGAGAGACCGACAUGAAGCGGUACCUAUGGCAGCCAGCCGCAAAGAGAGCUGCCCCCACUCUGGGUGUCGUGUCAGUUGGAAGCGUCUGCAUCGACUGGAGUUGGAGCGUCACGACGACGACCUGAUGGGCGGACAGAGACACGCAUACCUCUCACUAGAGUGAGCAACCACCUGUACAGCACACACUACCAAUGACACUGGACGGUCGAUCAAUUAUCUCUCCCCUCUGGCUGUCUGUCGGUCAGGAAGCGUGGCUUCUCGCGCGAUGAGGAUGACGAGGACGACCACGACGACCACCACAACACGUCACCUUCCAAGGCCAAAGACACCUCACCGGACAAAUCCAAAGGUGCAACCACAUUCAUGCAGUCAGCUUCAUGCCCGCUCUUCUCAUGUCCGGGUGCGUGUGUGCAGGUGAUGCGGCUGAUGGCGAUCGCAAGCGCAAGGCGGAGGGCGGCGACUCUGACAGCGAUGAGGACAAGGACGGUGAGGGUGGGAGGAAGAGCAAGCGGCAGCGGGGCGAGGCGGCCGAUCCCGGCAAGAAGGACAAGGAGGACGAAAACGCACCAGGAUACAAGGAGGAAAAGUACGUACGUGUGUAUGUGUGAAUGGAUGUGCUGCGUCCAUCCAUGCAGCACAUAUCGGUGUCGUGUGUGUGUGUGUGUGUGUGUGUGUCAGGCUUCGUCAGUGGAUCAAGAAGAUCCUGCGCGAGUGGGACAAGGAGCUCGUCCAGAGGUACAGGCAGCGGAGGCACAUACGUGAGACGAUGCGAAGUUGGCCGUUACUGGUCUGCAGGCCCGAGGAGGAGAAGAAGACGUCCGACGGCAAGAUUGCCACGAUGCAGCACCGCGACACGCGACAGAAUCUCAAGCCGCUCACCAAGAAGCUCAAACAAAGGGGGUACGCAAACCGCCAGCCAUACCACAAACAGACAGGGCGGCAAGGCACUGCUUCCUCUGAGUGCACUUGUGUGUGGCAGGCUGGAUCCCGAUGUGUUGGAGAAGCUGUAUGAGAUCGCAUGCCUGUGCGAGGAGCGCAAAUACGUGCAGGCUCACGACCUGUAACCCCACACACACGACGCACGUCGACUAGUGGGGGAAGACAGCCAUAUUCGUCCAUCCAUGGUGUCUGGGUUUGUGUGUGUGUCUCAGAUACAUUCAGCUGGCCAUCGGCAAUGCCGCCUGGCCCAUGGGUGUGACUAUGGUGGGCAUCCACGAGCGCGCGGGGAGAUCAAAGAUCUUCACAUCACAGGUGGGGUGGCCACACAUGCACACACCGUGUCCUGAAGCCAGGGACCAUGUCUGCCUGUCCUGUGUGUGUGUGUGUAGGUUGCGCACAUUUUGAAUGACGAGACGACUCGGAAGUACAUCCAGAUGGUGAAGCGGCUGAUGAGCUUCUGCCAGCGCCAUUUCCCCACCGACCCGUCCAACAUGGUCCGCAUCGCCACCAACACCGUCUGAGUGAGCGGACGGAACAGCACCUAGCUAGGGGGAAAAGGGGAGGGUGGAACUGUUGGUGUGCGUGUGUGUGUGGUGUGUGUGUGGUGGACCGCUGGGUGGUUUGAGCAAGUGGUAUAUCAUUUUUGCAUGCGGAUGUGACGGUGUGUGGUUUGCCUGUCUGACUCGCUUCGCUGUCUUGGGUUUCAUCAGGUAUACUGCAUGCAAUGCAAUCACAUGCUCUCCUCUCGACACCCGUACACACCAUACAU